AUGUUCCAUUCUGACUUAACAUUUAUCGACGAUGAUGAUGAUGAUGAUGAUGAUGAUGAUGAUGAUGAUGAUGAUGAUGAUGAUGAUGAUGAUGAUGAUGAUGAUGAUGAUGAUGAUGAUGAUGAUGAUGAUGAUGAUGAUGAUGAUGAUGAUGAUGAUGAUGAUGAUGAUGAUGAUGAUGAUGAUGAUGAUGAUGAUGAUGAUGAUGAUGAUGAUGAUGAUGAUGAUGAUGAUGAUGAUGAUGAUGAUGAUGAUGAUGAUGAUGAUGAUGAUGAUGAUGAUGAUGAUGAUGAUGAUGAUGAUGAUGAUGAUGAUGAUGAUGAUGAUGAUGAUGAUGAUGAUGAUGAUGAUGAUGAUGAUGAUGAUGAUGAUGAUGAUGAUGAUGAUGAUGAUGAUGAUGAUGAUGAUGAUGAUGAUGAUGAUGAUGAUGAUGAUGAUGAUGAUGAUGAUGAUGAUGAUGAUGAUGAUGAUGAUGAUGAUGAUGAUGAUGAUGAUGAUGAUGAUGAUGAUGAUGAUGAUGAUGAUGAUGAUGAUGAUGAUGAUGAUGAUGAUGAUGAUGAUGAUGAUGAUGAUGAUGAUGAUGAUGAUGAUGAUGAUGAUGAUGAUGAUGAUGAUGAUGAUGAUGAUGAUGAUGAUGAUGAUGAUGAUGAUGAUGAUGAUGAUGAUGAUGAUGAUGAUGAUGAUAUGAUGAUGAUGAUGAUGAUGAUGAUGAUGAUGAUGAUGAUGAUGAUGAUGAUGAUGAUGAUGAUGAUGAUGAUGAUGAUGAUGAUGAUGAUGAUGAUGAUGAUGAUGAUGAUGAUGAUGAUGAUGAUGAUGAUGAUGAUGAUGAUGAUGAUGAUGAUGAUGAUGAUGAUGAUGAUGAUGAUGAUGAUGAUGAUGAUGAUGAUGAUGAUGAUGAUGAUGAUGAUGAUGAUGAUGAUGAUGAUGAUGAUGAUGAUGAUGAUGAUGAUGAUGAUGAUGAUGAUGAUGAUGAUGAUGAUGAUGAUGAUGAUGAUGAUGAUGAUGAUGAUGAUGAUGAUGAUGAUGAUGAUGAUGAUGAUGAUGAUGAUGAUGAUGAUGAUGAUGAUGAUGAUGAUGAUGAUGAUGAUGAUGAUGAUGAUGAUGAUGAUGAUGAUGAUGAUGAUGAUGAUGAUGAUGAUGAUGAUGAUGAUGAUGAUGAUGAUGAGAUGA